AACCUGUUUGGCGCUUUCCAUGAGUAGAAUUAACUGGAAGUUUACUUUGAGCCAAACAGAUAUAAUGAUUUCUAAUCGCGUCAGUGCUACAGUCUUCGAUCUCAUCUUUGACCAGACAACACUGAUUUUUAUCUCUUCUCAUUUAUUCAAAUUAUUAGAUUUUCGCUAACAUCAAUAGAUUUUCUCUUAGUGUUAAUUUACAAUUCUUAAAAAUUAUUAAAAUUGAUUUGUAAUUUGUGAUUUAAGAAGUAAAUACUAAAUUAAAUAUGAAUUUAUUUACUCUUCAAAUAAAGCAGAUAUCUCGAAAAAUAUAUAACAAAAAAUAUUUAAGUAAAUGCAUAAUACGAUUGAAUCAUAAUCCUGGGCCUUUAUCUCAAUUUACAGAUGAAGAAAUUUUGAUGAAAGAAAGCGUUAACAAAUUAGCAAAAGAGGAAAUUGCUCCGCUUGUACGUAAAAUGGAAAAAGAAAGCAAAAUAGAUGAAGGAUUAAUACGAAAACUUUUUGAAAAUGGUUUAAUGGGUAUUGAAAUACCAGAAAAAUACGGUGGUUCUGGAUGUAAUUUCAUGACAACAAUUUUAAGUGUUGAAGAAGUUGCUAAAGUUGAUGGAUCUGUGGCAGCUCUAAUCGACAUUCAUAAUACUUUAGUAAAUUCGUUAAUUAAGAAAGUUGCUACGGAAGAACAAAAAAAAAGAUAUCUACCAAGAUUAGCUCAAGAUUACGCGGGAAGCUUUUGUCUUACGGAACCUGGUUCAGGAUCAGAUGCUUUUUCUUUAAAAACUAUAGCAAAAAAAGAUGGAUCCGAUUAUGUGAUAAGUGGAACAAAAAUGUGGAUUUCAAACUCUGAUAUUGCAGAAUUAUUUUUAGUUUUCGCAAAUGCAAAUCCUUCCGCUGGAUAUCGUGGUAUUACAACAUUUUUUGUAGAACGAGAUACACCUGGAUUGACAAUAGCCAAACCAGAAGAUAAAUUGGGAAUUAAAGCAUCGGGUACAUGUAUGAUUCACUUCGACAAUGUCAGAGUGCCCGAAGAUAAUAUUUUAGGACAUUUUGGUCAUGGAUAUAAAUAUGCCGCUGGAUUUUUAAAUGAAGGACGAAUUGGUAUCGGAGCUCAAAUGAUUGGUAUAGCACAAGGUUGCUUGGAUGCUACAAUACCAUAUACAUUAGAAAGAAAGCAAUUUGGGAAAGAUAUAUUUUCAUUUCAAUCUAUGCAACAUCAAAUCGCUCAAGUAGUCACUGAACUUGAAUCUGCCAGAUUAUUGGUUUACAAUGCAGCCAGAUUAGUCGAUAUAAAAAAAGAUGUAAUGAAAGAGGCUGCUAUGGCCAAAUUGGUUGCAUCGGAAACGGCUUUGCGCGUUACUGCAAAAUGUAUUGACUUUAUGGGUGGAGUAGGAUUUACAACUGAUUUUCCCCAAGAAAAAUAUUUCAGAGAUUCGAAAAUUGGUACGAUUUAUGAAGGAACGAGUAAUAUGCAAUUAUCAACAAUAGCCAAAUGUAUUCGUAAAGAAUAUUCAUAAAUAUUAUAAUUAAUUAAGAUUUAUUUUAUAUUUUUUUAACAGUACUUUCUUUUUAUAAUUGUUUCAUUUUUUACUAUUUUGUUUAUUAAUAAAUCUAUAUUAAUCUAAUUAUUGUUUAAAUCCGAAUUUAUUUCGGAUCAUGAGGUAAUUUAAAUCCAACGAGAUCUGCAGUUUCUUUAAUACUUCGUUCACCUUUACCAGCAUAUCGGAUUUUAAUUUCUUUGCACAUACGCUGAGAAUUUAGGUAACAAAGAUACGUUUCUGCUAAAUUUUUUAAUUCUUCUCGUGCUUUACACAAGACUUCAGAAGUUUCUUGAUGAGAUUUUGCUUGUUCUAAAAUAUACUGUAUCAUAAUAUUAUUUUUUGCUUUUUGUUCAGAUGACGCUCGUCGAAUUUCUUGUAUGAGCGAACGAAGCAAUUUUGUGUUUGGUUUCAUCUUUCUUCUAAUCUAU